AUGGAUAACCAUAAAGCCACAAUAUCAUUCAAAACUUUGAAAUCAAAUUUGGUAAACUUGCCCUCAAAUUUAACCAAUUUGUUAUUCACUGCUAAUAUUCAAGUACAAGAUGUCAUUAUUGAAAUCGUGACACCUCCUGCACCGGGUCAUCAACUGAAAAGUUCCAAGAAGUCGUAUGCUGGAUGGUCAGGUAUGUCCUCGUCAACUUUACAGAGUUUGGAAAUUGAUCCCAUUUUCGCACAAGCAUUGUCGAUUUCAGAUAAAGCAUCCAUAUAUAUCAACUUGAAGUUGGGAAAUUACGAAGCUUCAAAUAUAAACUUAGAACCUUUGACGAGCUCUGAUUGGGAGGUUGUUGAGUUGAAUGCGCAAGUAAUUGAAGAUAAGCUUUUGAGCCAAACGAGAUGUGUUGCAUUAAAUCAAAUUUUGGUGGUUUAUCCCAAUGCUACUACGUCUGCCAAAUUAUUAGUCACUGAUAUUGGAUCCACUGAACACAAGUAUGGUAAAGUUUCUCCGUAUUGUGAGAUUGCAAUCGCUCCCAAAGUCAGGAAAAAAAGUGAAGUAGCAGCAGAAACUACUAGUGUUGGUAGUCAAAAAAGUUCCACAAAGAAGGAGGAUUAUAAUACAUUACCACUGGUUUUGAAAAGAGGAAUCAGUUUGCCCCAUAGAUUGUAUAAGGAUGUUGAUGACACAGGAUACAAAGUGUUUGUAAAUCGCAAUGAAAUUCCUGAAGGGUUUGGGUCAUUUGUUGCCGUAUCGAUUCUCCCUGGUCCCAAUGAAUUGAAGAACACAUUAACAAUUGAGAAUGACAUUAAAGAAAAUAAGCGCAUUGUGGCUGAAUUAGUCAAUCACAAUGGCGUUUCUAAUACCAUCGGAUUAUCAAAGAACUUGGCAAUAGCGUUAAAUACAUAUGAUCAAACGGGAAACAUUGUCGUGUUGAAACCAGCAGUCAAGGAGUUACCCAAACGCCCAACUACAUUUAUAAUCCAUCCAUACCUGAUCAACUCAAACAAGAAGAAGGAAGUGAAUCUGACAAAAACCUCAAAACUAACCAAGCAAUUGACUGAUGCAUUGUACCCGCAGAUCUCCACCACUGCAGUAACUAAUUUUGUAAAGAUUCCCAGUAUUUCUGGUAUAUUACCCUAUGGAGGGCUUUUGAAAUUUCGCAAGAAUGAAAACUACAAUUCCUGGAUAAAACCCUAUGAUCUUGGUAGAAAGAAGCCAAUAAAGAUUGAAAUUGGUGAUGACCUACUCCGUCCUCAAUCGUUUAUACAAGAUUUGCAACAGGAAACCACCACUGCAAAGAAUGAAGACCAACCUAUUGGCAUUGAAAAGACAAUAUCUGACUUGGUGGAUUCAUUCCUUGUGUCGGCAAACACAGGGACUCUAAUCUAUGGAAAUUCAGGAAGUGGCAAAACAUUGUACCUAAAGCAAAUUAGCGAUACCUUGAAUCAAGAUCAUGGAUAUUUUGUAAAGUUUGUGUCUUGUGAAACCCUCAUGAAUGAAUCUUUUCAAAACUUGUCCAAAAACCAUAUUUUUAAAUGGUUACAGCAAUGUUCUUGGAACAAACCAUCAUUAUUAGUGCUUGAUAAUGUUGAUAAAAUCAUGAACAUAGAAAUGGAAAAUAUGGAUGCAACAAAAUCGAACCAAACUACUGAAUUUUUCAUUUCACAAUUGACGAAAUUGCACAACCAGGCCAAUUCAAACAUUUCCUUGCUUUGUUCAUCAACGUCAAAGGAGAGCUUAAACAAGCUAUUACUUGGAUCUCAUUUGAUUGAAAAUUAUCAUCAUGUAACCGCACCCGAUAAAUCUUUACGAUUUCAAGUUAUUGAAAAAUACUUAACUAAGGACUUGAAGUGUAAAUUGGAUGUUGAUUUGAUGGAUUUGGUUAGUGAGACUGAGGGGUACUUACCUAAUGAUUUAAAGAUCCUUUGUCAUAGGAUAUACCAUCAGUGUUUGUCGAAUCCUACUAUGGAGAAUGAGUCUUCCAAUGUGGUUGAGACUAGUCACAUUGACAAUGCGUUAAGUGGAUUCACCCCGUCAAGUUUACGUGGUGUCAAGCUUCAAAAAUCAGGAACUAGCUGGUCCGAUAUUGGCGGAUUAACUGAGGCUAAAAAGAUUCUUUUGGAAACACUUGAAUGGCCCACUAAAUACGCACCAAUUUUUGCCAACUGUCCAUUAAGACUCCGAUCAGGAAUUUUGCUCUAUGGAUACCCUGGUUGUGGUAAAACUUUACUAGCUAGUGCCAUUGCUGGUCAAUGUGGAUUGAAUUUCAUCUCCAUCAAAGGUCCCGAAAUUUUAAACAAGUAUAUUGGUGCUUCUGAACAGAGUGUUCGAGAAUUGUUUGAACGUGCACAAGCAGCAAAGCCAUGUAUAUUAUUUUUCGAUGAAUUUGAUUCAAUUGCUCCUAAAAGGGGUCACGACUCUACUGGUGUUACCGAUCGUGUUGUUAAUCAAAUGUUGACCCAGAUGGAUGGUGCCGAAGGUUUGGAUGGGGUUUAUGUCCUUGCUGCUACUUCGCGACCUGAUUUGAUUGAUAGUGCAUUGUUGAGACCCGGUAGAUUGGAUAAAUCGGUUAUUUGUGAUAUGCCAAACUAUGAGGAUAGAUUGGAUAUUUUGAAAAGUAUCACUACCAAGAUGGAUUUGGCCGAUGAUGUACAAUUGGAAGAAAUUGCUGAAAAGACCAAUGGGUUCAGUGGUGCCGAUAUGCAAGGAUUAGGUUACAAUGCCUAUUUGAAAGCUGUCCAUGUUCGAUUAGAAGAAUUGGAAGCUAAAGAUAAUGCUGAGCAGGAUAAGGACGUUGAUGAAACGGCUGUUGAGUUUUUCAAAGUUGGCGGUGACCAACUCAAGUUGAAAAACGCAGAAAGAGUCAAAUUGUUGCAUCAAAUUCAACAAUUUGUAGCUAAUGAGAAAAAUGCAAGUGACAAUAACCAACAAUCAAAACGAUCUCACAUUGAACAACCAAAAGUACUCAUUACUCAUGCAAACUUUGUCGAGUCAUUGAAGGAGACUAAACCUUCGAUUUCACAUUCAGAAAAGACGAAAUUGACAAGAAUAUACUCUCAGUUUGUUGACGAUAGAGAUGGUAAUAUGCCUGAUGGCAGUGCAAGCAAUGAAGUUGGUGGAAGAACCACCUUAAUGUAA